GCUUUUAUAUUGACGCUCCCUCUCCCUCACCAAAACAAAACAAAGAUGGCGUUAGCACAGAAGCGGACGCAUGUUCGGCUCCCCCCUGAGGUGAACCGCAUCCUGUAUGUGCGUAACUUGCCCUACAAGAUCACUGGUGAGGAAAUGUACGACAUCUUCGGCAAGUACGGAGCCAUCAGACAGAUCAGAGUUGGCAACACACCGGAAACUCGAGGCACGGCAUUUGUUGUGUUUGAGGACAUUUUUGAUGCCAAGAAUGCAUGUGACCACCUCUCGGGCUUCAAUGUGUGUGGCAGAUACCUUGUUGUCCUCUAUUACCAGUCUAACAAGGCUUUCAAGAAGAUGGAUGCAGAAAAGAAACAAGCCGAGCUGGAUAGAGUCAAAACUAAGUAUGGCAUUAACACAGAGGAACUCAAGAAGUAGCACUGAAUGUUGUGUGAAUGAAUGGUAAAGGUGUUUUAUAUCUUGUCACGUAUCCGUCUAUUCGUAUCAGAGUGAUGUCCUCUUUUCAUAGGCAUAUCAGUCUGUCUUUUCAUUUUCAUUUUUUUUAUAUUUCAGUACAGGCACCUUGAUUUUUCUCAACACAAUUAAAUAGUAAUUGUGUAUAAUGUACAAACUUAGGAAGUCAUCUUUGUUUCAGUUCCCCUUGGUUCUUAUAUACCAUUCCUUUCUCAAUCUUGAACUGUCAAGUAAGUGUCAAGGUGGCUGGGAAAUGAACUUAAACUUUUGUCCCUGUGCAUUUUUUUUUUAACUGGGACCAGCCUAGUCACCAUCACCAUCUUAUUACCAAUCAUCAAUAGCAUUAAUAUGUUUUACAUAUUUCAAAGUGUAUUCCUGAAAGCGAAUGGAAAUUAUCUGUCUUUUGAUAACCCAUCCAGUAGUCAUACUUAGUCUACCAAACUUGCAGAUUUUUUUUUUCUCAUCAUAAUUUUGAGAUGACACAUUUAUUUGUAAAUCAAGAUCAUCUUUUUGUAUGAAGAUUUUCCACAAAGUGACCAUUGUAAAAUGUCUAGUUUAAGAUAUCAAAAUAAUUUCAAAAGAUAC